UCGCAAUGACAUCCCGGUUUUUGCCCCAGCGUUGACAUUUUCCUUACUCUUCCAGCACAUUUCAACGCAGAACAAGACAAUGGAGCUGGCACUACCUGGCGAACUGCUGACAUAUGAUUACCUAGUGAUCCCCGCACCGCUGCGGCUUGACAAGGUCGUGAAUAUACUUGAGCACCUGGAUGCCGACAUCGUCUGCCUGCAGGAGAUCGACAUCGGCAAUAAGCGCAGUGGCGGCGGCAACCAUGCACAGAUAAUCGCUGAGCGCCUCAAGCUCAACGGCACCAUGGUUGUCGAGUUCCAAGAGCUCGAAAGCCCGGCUAGGGACGAGGGCCAGCAGGGCGGCGGAAUCCACGGCAACGCCAUCUACUCCAAGUACGAUAUGAAGCUGCGUCCGUAUAACUGGGAUCGCGAUGGUGCUGUCCUUGGGGAACCCCGCCGUGCGGAAGUGCUUGUUCCCAGACGACCGAGCAUUCUGGCGUACAGCGCGCACUUUGAGUGCUUCUCUGGUAUCAUCGGGCGUGUCGGUCAGCUCAGCGACCUGAUGCAUGACAGCCAGCAACAUGCUGGCCCACUGCCACACCAGCUGGUGUUUGGCGACUUCAACACAUUUGCGCAUUCGCUGGCGCGCCUAUCACCAAAGUACGCGUGCGACUGGUACCGCUGGCGUACGAUCGGCAUGACCGAGCCCGAAUGGUGGCUCAAGAACAUUCUUUCGUGCCAGAUACUACGCACCGCGAUCAACCCUGGCUGGUUUGAUCCCUUCGACAUCUGCAAGGACAUCACCAUAUCGAACCACGCCGGCUUCAUGACUGCCAAAGCCGACUGGGCAUUUCACUGGAUGGAGAAUAGGGACUUUGAAGCGUCAGAUCACCGCUGCCUGGUGCUCGAGAUCGAGUAUGCGCAAAAGGACGAGAUGGCAGAUCAUGAAAGGUUCACGCGUAGGAUUGCUAGCGAGCUCGAGCGCGGCAGACACAGCCGGCUUUGGACCUAUUGCUCUCUGGCUGGGGCGUCAGUGCUGAGCAUCAUCGCUCUCAAGCUGGUGCGCGUCAGCAUCAUGUCUGGCACUAUGUGAGAUCCCAAACCUAUCUCUGUACUUUUAACACUUUUCUCGGGAGCUAUUUAGAGCAACGAAAAUUUUUAAUAGAACGCUUGUUUA